AUGGCGACUGCUGCAAGCAUGCCUGUGGCGGUUGAAUCCCCAAUCCCAAUAGAAAACGGAAAACAGAGAGGUCUGAUAGCCGCUUCAACAUUCUGCCUGUUUAUAACCAGCUUCAUGGUGGCUCUUCGACUCAUCGCCAAGACGAAAUCGAAAAAGGCACUCAACGCCAGUGAUGCUUGCAUUCUUGUAGCGCUGUGCAUCAUGGUAUUCGCACUUCUUUGGAACGCAACGACCUGUUUUACGAAGCUCUCGAUCCUCCUCAUGUACAUGAGCAUUUUCCCCGUACGCCGCGUAAUACUCCCGUGCAAGAUACUCGCAGUCUUCAUCAUCCUCUGGAACACUGGAGGUAUCCUUGGAGGCGUCCUCGUCUGCCGUCCAUUCGCCAUGAACUGGGACCAGACGAUCCCCGGCGGCAAGUGUGGCAACCAGCCCAUGUAUUACAUGGCACUGGGGGUCAUCAACAUUCUGGUCGAGGUCACUAUGCUUGCCCUGCCACUUCCCGUGCUCUACAACCUGCAGAUGCCCAUGCGCAAGAAGGUUGUCAUCAUCAGCAUGUUCAGCGUCGGAUUCGCCACGUGCGCCAUCACCAUCUACCGACAGGCCACGCUGCCCGAUCUUCAAUUCGCCGACAUGACGCACAGCGGUGCCGUUGCGACGCUCUUGUCGGGGCUGGAGCCAUCUGUCGCCCUGGCCCUCGCAUGUGUGCCCUUCCUGCGGCCGCUGUUCGGAGGCAUGUUCGGCUCGUCGCAGAAGGGAUCGAGUUAUGCCAACGUGAAGCCAAAGACAGAAAGCUACAAGAAGGGCAGCAAGCGCAGCGAGAGUCGGGACUUUGAGGAGCUCCAGGAUGAUGCGUCGGAGAUUCAGCUUCGCCCUGUCAUGCCGAUGAGGGAUACCCUGGUUGUCUCUGACCGUAUAGCAGCAUCGAGGAGCUUGAAGGACUUGAAGGGGGAUGGUAUCACCGUAGAGCGCCAGUGGGAGGUUGACACGAGUGAAGAUGGCGACGCGCCCCAUCGCGGUUAA